GAAGAACUCAGAGUCAGGAUUUUUAGCCACAGCCCUUUAUUCUUCUCCAUCACACACAAGAUGAAGGAAGUUCUCAUUUCAUCACUAGAACAGGAUUUAAAGACUCAAAUCAGGAUCAAGUGUGGCUGCACAAAAAGCUGAUUUUCACUGGACAAUAAUGUGUGAAAGUCUGUCAGCAGUUUGGAGAUUCACUGCUUCCUCUCUCAUUUCACACUUUGUGCAGCUCAAAUGCUUUUAGUUCAAGUGAGCGUCAGAGGAACACAGCACACUUCUCCUCCAUUCCUCGGGCAUCUUCGCACUAUGUAAGAUCCUGUUGAACAACCCAGUCACAAACUCUACUGCUUCCUCUCCGAGACACUUCCAUACCUCCACAGGUAUAUCAUCAGGACCAAGUGCCUUUCCACUCUUCAUCCUUAGCACACCAGCUCACCUACGACCGCUCAAACACUGCGUUAUGAUUUCCAUAUUCUUCUGUACACUACCGUUCAAAAGUUUGGGGUCAUCCAGACAAUUCCAUGUUCUCCAUGAAAGCUCCCACUUUCAUUCAUGUGCUAACAUAACUGCACAAGGGUUUUCUAAUCAUCAAUGAGCCUUUCAACACCAUUAGCUAACACAAUGUAGCAUUAGAACACAGGAGUGAUGGUUGCUGGAAAUGUUCCUCUGUACCCCUAUGGAGAUAUUCCAUUAAAAAUUUGCUGUUUCCAGCUAGAAGAGUCAUUUACCACAUUAACAAGGUCUAGACUGGAUUUAUCAUUUAUUUAAUGCUAUCUUCAUUGAAAAGAACUGAUUUCAAGAAAAAGGACAUUUCUAAGUGACCUCAAACUUUUGAACAGUAGUGCAUAUUUAUAUAAUGUCAUAUUUUUUUAAAUUAGCCAUGUAAGAUGAAAUGAUAUUGAUGAUAGUUCGUGUCCUUGUUCCUCUUUUAGCACACAUCACACAGUAUUACAAUGAAUAAGAACAUUCAAUCAUCAAAUACAAUCAUUUUCAUAACAAGCUGCUGUGGAGGCAAAACUUUUUUGUUCUUUGCAAUAAAUCUUUUGUUCUUUUAUUCAGAGCUCUGAAGGUACAGGUGACACAGAGUGCAAAGCAGUCUAUGUGUCAAGUCAAACUGGAAGGAGCUGAAAACUCAAAGGAGAAGCAUUUACGCACAGAUCCUACACUCAGCUGGGGCGGAACCAAUCUCCGGCUUCAGGUUUGUCACCGGCGGCAAAAAGGAGACACACGCAGCACUGAGGAGGAGCUGAGAAUGAAUGACGGUGUUCAAACAAAGUGUGCGUGAAUUUCUGUUGGGAAAGCAUCAAGAUCUGCGGCAAACUGUGCAGGAUUGCCUUCAUCUCCAAAAUCCGGGUUGCAGCCGGUGAUUGGCAGGAGGAGGAGAGUCUGACGGAGGAGCAGAGGAAUGUUGGCAGCCAUUUAGUCUGAGCUCAACAACGGAGGAAACAUGGAUUCUUCACAAAAAAAAUGUAAACACAGCAAUGGAGUGAGAUGUGGGACCUCUGAGGAGGAUAAGGAUGGUUCAGCAACAACGGCAAAAAGAGAUGAAUCACUGAGUUGUGAGCAAUGUGACAAGACUUUUAUUACAGCAACAAAGCUAAGAAUUCACAAACAUAUUCACACUGUGGACAAACCAUUCAGCUGUGAUCAGUGUGGAAAGGCUUUUACUCAGAAGAGUGACUUAAAAAGACAUCAACUCAUUCACAGUGGAGUUAAACCAUUCAGCUGUGAUCAGUGUGGAAAGGCUUUUACUCGGAAGAGUCAGUUAAAAAGCCAUCAACUCGUGCACACUGGAGUUAAACCAUUCAGCUGUGAUCAGUGUGGAAAGGCUUUUACUCACAAGAGUCAGUUAAAAAGCCAUCAACUCAUUCACAGUGGAGUUAAACCAUUCAACUGUGAUCAGUGUGGAAAGGCUUUUACUCGGAAGAGUCAGUUAAAAAGACAUCAACUCAUUCACAGUGGAGUGAAAUUGUUCAGUUGUAAUCAGUGUGGUAAGGCUUUUACUCGGAAGACUCAUUUAAAAAGCCAUCAACUCAUUCACAGUGGAGUUAAACCAUUCACCUGUGAUCAGUGUGGAAAGGCUUUUACUAAGAAGAGUGACUUAAAAAGACAUCAACUCAUUCACAGUGGAGUUAAACCAUUCACCUGUGAUCAGUGUGGAAAGGCUUUUACUCACAAUAGUCACUUAAAAAGCCAUCAACUCAUUCACAGUGCAGUGAAACCAUUCAGCUGUGCUCAGUGUGGAAAGGCUUUUACUCAGAAGAGUCAGUUAAAAAGCCAUCAACUCAUUCACAGUGGAGUGAAAUUGUUUGGCUGUGAUCAGUGUGGAAAGGCUUUUACUCUCAAGAGUACAUUAAGAAGUCAUCAACUCAUGCACAGUGGAGUUAUACCAUUCAGCUGUGAUCAGUGUGGAAAGGCUUUUACUCACAAGAGUCAGUUAAAAAGCCAUCAACUAAUGCACAGUGGAGUUAAACCAUUCAGCUGUGAUCAGUGUGGAAAGGCUUUUACUCACAAGAGUCAGUUAAAAAGCCAUCAACUCAUUCACAGUGGAGUUAAACCAUUCAGCUGUGCUCAGUGUGGAAAGGCUUUUACUCAGAAGAGUAUGUUAAAAAGACAUCAACUCAUUCACAGUGGAGUGAAAUUGUUCAGCUGUAAUCAGUGUGGUAAGGCUUUUACUCGGAAGACUCAUUUAAAAAGCCAUCAACUCAUUUACAGUGGAGUGAAACCAUUCAACUGUGAUCAGUGUGUGAAAACCUUUACUCAGCAUGAACAGUUGUUGAUCCAUCAAUGCCCCCAUUCUAGUAGAAAGCGGUACCACUGUGACUCCUGUGAAAAAACUUUCAAGCACCAAAAGAGCUUAAAAUGUCACCAACGCAUCCACACUGGACAUGAUGUGUACCGAUGUGAUCACUGUGGUGAACCAUUUGUAUUGUACUCACAGUUAAAAGCUCAUGAAGUGACCCACACUGGGGUUAAACCAUACCUUUGUGAUCAGUGUGGGAAACGCUACAGCUACAUUGCAAACCUCAAAGUUCACCAACGUGUCCACACUGGGGAGAGACCAUACAGAUGUGAUGAGUGUAAGAAGACUUUUACAACUUUGUAUUCCCUGAAACAACACCAGCAGAUCCGCACCAGAAAGAAAGCAUUCAAUCAGUGUCACAGUGAGAACGGAACAGAUGGACAAAACUCUCAGACUUGUCAGCACUCUGUCAUUGGUGAACAGUGCUGCUUUGACCAGUCUGGACCAACGUCCAACCAACAAGGAACCCUACAACGACACCAGCGUAUGCACACUGGACACAGACUGAACCCCUGCCAAGAAGAUUUCUCCAUGCAGGCUUCAGUAAAAGAACUGAACCCUGCAUGGAGUUUGUGAAAUCCUCCACAAACUUAGUCCUUGAGAUCCGGCUUCACAGAAUUCAGGUCUAAUUUCUUGUUUGGUGUCUUCAUUGCGUCGUUGCAAAAUCCAUUAAGAGGAAAGCUGUCGUUAACAGACGUGACUGGUAAAUUAAACCAUUCAAAGUGAUUACUCAGUUAAAUGAAUUAUCAGUGGUAGAGGGAUGGAGACAGUGAGCAGCAGGGCGAAUUUCCUCAAAUACCAGCUUAAUGGUUCCUCAGAUCCCUCUGGACUGCAGGAACCCGUUAGAUGCAGAGCUUGUUCAGUGAUUCUCUGAGGAUUAAUCCUAAUUAAUUUAGGAGAUUACUGGCCUUAGGAUUCCUCUAUCAUCUAUCUAAAAUAUUACAACAAAAUAUUUACAACAAUUUUCUUGCCAAAUUUGGGGGAUUUUUUUUUUUAGACAAGGAAACAAUGUUUUUUGGUGCCUGGAGAUGAGGACAACAGGAGGGUUAAAACAUUAAAAGGCAACAUUAUUAAGGUUUCUUUUAUGAAACGUUUUUCAUCAACAAGUACACAAAAUAGAUUAAAAUAUAAUCUAACAUAUUUACUGAUUACAAACUUUGAAUUUCUUCCUUAUGUUGUUCUUCUGCAUAACUCACUAUUUCAAACUGGCUCAUGUUACUUCCAUGUGAUCUGCCAUUAAAACGGCCACAUUCUACCAUAAACACUGUAAAUAAUAACACACCUGCUCAAAGUUAAAGGCCAACAUACGACCCAAACAUGACAUGGAUUUGGUGCCACUUUGAACUAAGAUGAUCUCUUCUGUUAAACAAACCGUUGAUUGUGAAUCUUUUUUCCAGAUAUGAAGCUGCUCCUUCCAGGUCCACAGACAGUAAACAAAACAAAGCUCUCUGUAAAAACCCUCAGAAUGUUGAAUAGAAUAAAUGUGGACAGUAUCAUGACCGGAAGAGAAGAUUUCUGGAUCAUUUUGUGUCUCAUUUGUGUCAUUAUGUGUUUUGUUUUGGUCAGUUUGUCUUUCUGUCUGGUUUUAAACGUUUUGCAUCUUUUCAUGUUAUUUUUUUUUCUUCCAUUUUGGUUAUUUUGUGCCUUAAAUUUGACCAUUUUGUGGUUCAUUUUAGUCAUUUUGUGUGUGUGUGUGUUUUUUAAACUUUUUAUUUAGUUUUGUUUUUCGAUUUAAGAAAAAAUAAGACAAAACAAGGACAACAACACAAAAACAAUGAUACAGAGAGGGGCAGAUACCAAACUUCCGGGUUAGCUCAUGGAGUAACCAGAUGCACGGUGAGAUCGCUCUCCCAGACAAACAGCAAUUUAUCCCCAAACUAAAUUAAGACUCAGUAUUACUUGAUGAAAAAGAUAAAUGGAUAGGGGGAGAACGCUUAGAAGUUAAAAAAAAAACAAAAACAAAACGACGAAAGAGAGCCUGCAAAACAGAAAAACACGACGUUUGGAUGUUUGGAGAAGUAUCCAUACAAUGGAUAGGGAAUAUACUCACUUCUCAGCUACUCACAAAGUACACUCUAGGCUGGACCUUUUCCUGAUGAAUAUUACAGAUGGAUACAGGGCAUAUGAGUGUACAAUCGGAACAGCAGAUUUAUCUGAUCAUAGCAUUAUUUACCUAAAUAUACAUCUAAAUAGCAAACCAAGAAAUACGAUAUGGAGGCCGAAUACUGGAAUUUUUAAACAAAAUCUCCAUAGUCGAGGAAAUUAAAAAAGAAAUUACUGAUAGUAUAAAUGAUAAUAAAGAUGACCAGAUCGACCCAACUAUAAUCUGGGAUACGGUUAAAGCAGUUAUGAGAGGGAAGCUGAUAUCAAGAACGGCCUAUUUAAAGAAAACACGGAGAUUAAAAUAUGAUCAACUAGAAAAGGAAUUGGAAAGACUUGAGAAACAACAACCUGAAAAUGACAAAGACAUAACAGGUAAUCAGAUUAAAGAUAUAAGGAAACAAAUAGAAAAUUUAAUUAAAGAUGAAACAGAAAAUAAAAUGAGAUUCAUGAAGCAAACCUUUUAUGAAUCAGGUCCAAGGGCGACACGAAUUUUAGCGAGGCGCCUUCGAAUGCAACAAAUAAAAAAUUCAGUCCAUAAGAUUAGAGAUCCCUCAAAUUCAUUAAAAUAUGAACCAGAAGAAAUACAUAGAAUUUUUAGGAAUUAUUAUGAGACCCUAUACUCACAACCUGAGAACACUGAUGAAGAGAAAAUAAAACGAUACCUUAAUUCAUUGGAUCUCCCUUCAAUAGGCUUAGACCAAAAUAAAUAUUUGACUGCCCCUAUCACAAAAGAUGAAUUGGAUAAAGCUAUAGGUGGAUUGGCGACAAUUAAGAGCCCUGGGAGCGACAGAUAUCCAAAUGAAUGGUACAAGAAAUUUAAAGAAGUCCUUGCUCCAGUAUUGCUGGAAUCAUUUAAUUGGACACUUGAUGAGGCUAUAGCCCCACCAUCGUGGAAGGACGCUGUAAUAUCUACUAUUCCAAAAGAAGGGAAAAAUAAAGAAUAUUGUGAGUCAUAUCGCCCAAUAUCUAUUCUAAAUGUAGAUUAUAAAUUAUUUACAUCCAUUAUCACUAAAAGAUUGGAAUGUUUUCUGCCCGAUCUGAUACACGAAGACCAGACAGGCCUGUGUAAAGGGACGUAAAACACAGGACAUCAGACGCACCCUCCGUAUCAUAGAUCAUGUUAAUAAACACCAUAUAAAUGCUGCCCUGAUAAUCUUAGACACCGAAAAAGCGUUUGACAGGGUCAGCUGGGAUUUUUUGUAUAAAGUAUUACAGAAGAUGAGAUUCAAUGACAAAUUUAUUAAAUGUAUAAAGGCAUUGUAUACUGACCCAUCAGCCAGAGUUAAGAUUAAUGGACAUCUGACAGACACCUUCAAACUUUAUAGAGGGACUCAAUAAGGCUGUUGUAUUAGCCCUGCCCUCUUUGCAAUUUUCAUAGAGCCACUUGCUCAAAUCAUUAGGCAAGAUGAUGAGUUGACAGGAAUUAGGAUUGCAGGAGACGAACACAAGAUAGGCCUGUUCGCUGACGAUAUAAUGAUCUUCCUUCAAAAUCCAAAUACAACGUUUCCUAAAUUAGUAAAGAUUAUGGAAGAAUAUGGAUUGAUGUCAGGCUACAAAUUAAACAUGUCUAAAACUCAGGGUUUAACCUUUAACUACAAGCCAAAUAAAGAAAGCAGGAAGAGAUAUAAUUUUAAUUGGAAAGCUAAGUCAAUAAAAUACCUGGGAGUGAUAACUCAAGAACUUGACAGCACUUAAGAGAUAAACUAUAAAUCAUCCAACAUUUGUCCAGAGUAGUGACUAUAAUUUGAAUUUUAAUACACUUAACCAAGUGCUAUAGAGCUCCGGGAGAUGACGUCACACAAUCCCGGCAUGCAACAGUCGAAAUCAAAACACCGCCAUAUUGGCAGGAAGGCGCGCUGUUUAAACUACUGCCAGCUAACUCCUAAACGUUCUUCAGCGUCGACAUCAGAGAUAUGGUGGACAGUUGUUGUGCCCCGGGAUGCCAGAACAGCCGAGGACGAGCAAAGGGGAGAGCAUUUUAUCGGAUUCCCAAAGAUCCUGAAAGACGACAGAGGUGGAUCACUGCCAUAAAACGCGCAAGAAGCGAGCAGAAGAAAACGGAGCGGUGGGAACCCACAGGCAACGGAUUCCGCUUAUGUAGCGACCACUUUGUAUCAGGUACAGAAUCCGUUUCCUAAGCUUUAUAUCUGAUCGCGUAAUUUCUCUUACCCCUCAAGGUUUUUAUACGCUGUUGCGCUUCAGUGUCCCGCCCGCGGUACACUUUGAGAUCUGCAUAAGCAAUUUGCUAAAUGUCUGAAACGCGAUUAUACAAACACUAUACGCCGAUGGAAAGCUUAGAUUCUCAUGAAUCCGCCGGUAUAAACCACUUUCAGAUGCGAUUACCACAGCGGGUGAGAAAAACACAUUUGUCCAACAAACAGCGAAUAUCCAUCCAUCCGUUCUCUUUACAUGGCUUCAACGCACACAGUGCGACUCACAUUUCCGGGUUCAUUAUUACACACAGAUGAAAAUAUUCCACAAAAAACGGCCAUAAUCCGACCUUGGACAUCCAGACGAAACAAGCCUGUAAAAUAUUUUUUCCAAAACAUGUCUUGAAGUCGGUAUAAAAUCCACGAAUAGGUCGUUUUGGAGGAAAUGCACCUUGCGAUGCGCGUCCAAUAUUCCCUGUAUUUCUCGUCAUAUUUUUAUUUACAAAUAGAAUAUUAGCGAUUUUUUUGUACUGAAAAUGGCUGGAAUUGACUGCAGCUUAAAGGGUUAAGAGAUUCACCGGAGUAGGAUGAAGGAAAAUUUAUCAGGUAAUUGUAGAUGUCAGGGUACCGCAGGUCCGGUAAAAGGUCCGCUCCGACCGCCUCAAGAUUCUUAAAUAAGAUACCGGGGGCAUGAUAUGGAUCGGAUAUGUUUAGUUUGUCCAGUUUGUUUGUAUAUUUUAUAAUAUCGUCUGAUUUAAAAUGAAAAGUAAACUCAGACGGCGUAAAUUUUCUACCAGCGCCAUUCAUUUUGAAGCGGAGUUUCCUGCCAACAUGGCGGCGUAAACAAACGGAGUCACGUGACGUCCGGAACUCUGUUGGUGGGAAAAAAAGCAUGUUUCUACAGCAUGAUCAGGGGGGAAAAAGGGGGGAAAAGGGGAAGGAUUCUUGGGGCCCAUCAUUAACAGGGGCCCAGAAAGGCCCCUGAUAAAAUUAUAAUACUGACAAAAUGAAUAUGGCACUAUCUUGUUAAUUUAUAAUCACAAAUAAAUAUUUUUUACAAUGCGCUGGUAACACGAAGUUUAUUUGUUUUGGAAACAUUUCUCAAGGGCCCCCCCUCCCUUAUUAAGUAAAAUGGUUCAGUCCUACUGAAUCAACUGAACUGCUGCGCGCCGCGGUGCUUCAGUCAGACUGAGUAGGGUGACGACAGUAUGCCUCAGAAGUCAGGUAGACAGAAACGAAAAGAAAAAAAGAUAAGGCAGGAGAGAGAGGCCAAGGGCCGGCGAGAUGUUACCCAGUUUUUCAAAAAACAAGGUGGGUUUGGUUCAUGUGGUGGAAAGUUCUGGAACAUUAGCCUGUUGUUGUUUCUACUCUAUCUUAACUUUGAUUUUUAAGCUAGCUCACUUUUCUCCCCAUAUUAGCUCAUAUUUUUGAAGAAAACUCUGGAAUUUUAUAUUUCACUGUUCACAUUUAGCAAGCUGCCCAUAUUUAAUCACCCCCCCCUCCCCCCGUGUCAAAAUGAUGCAUGUUUGAACAGACAUGUCAAGUGCAGCCAACCCGGUCUCACGGGGAUUCGUGAAACUGUCACGUAAGUUUUAGUUUCGGUUUCGUGCGCACCUGCACGAUUUCGUCAUGUUUUUCGUGCCGCUCACCACGAAAUGUUUUUCACUGUGGUAAUCACAUCUGAAAGUGGUUUAUACCGGCGGAUUCAUGACGAUCCAAGCUGUCCAUCGGCGUAUACUGCUUGUGUGAUUGCGUUUGCGGCCGCCGGCCGCCGGACAUUCUUGAAAUUCCUAUGCAAAUUGGUAAGUGUACCACCGGCUUAUGCUUAGCUUAUGGUUAGGUUAUGGUUAGGGUUAUGGUUAGGGUUAUGUUUAGGGACGAUGUCAUGCAAAAUAUAGCGUUGGAUUCGCCACGGUUUUACAUUAAAAAUAUAAUAUACACAUUCUUUUGAAAUACGUUCUGAGUGGCACGAAAAGUCCGCCGUUUAAAAUACAUUGGUGUGCAUUUCGUGGUGAGCGGCACGAAAAACAUGACGAAAUCGUGUUGGUGCGCACGAAGCCGAAACAAAAAUUUACGUGACAGUUUCACGAAUCCUCGUGAGAUCGGGCUGGUGCAGCAGCAGCAGCAGCAGCUGUCUGUGAGGCCUGUGAGCCCCCCACCCCUGAACAAGCCCCAGUACGCACAACUGAGGAAGGAGGUGAGCAACUGCAGCCGCCAGAAGAAAAGGCGAAGAUUCCAUGAUGAGACUUCUGAAGAGGAGAGGUCUCAGGAGAGUGCAGAAACUGUGUUUUGGAACACUGUGUUUUUUACUGCUGUGGACAGUAUCAUAAGUGACUUGGGAACUAGGUUCCAGACCACAGCAAAUAUUGUAAAUGAAUUUUCUGCUGUUCUGAAAGUUGGGCAGAUUAGUGAGGACAAAAUCUCUUCUCUGUGCCAACCAUUGAUACAAAGUAUUCUGGUGAUCUUACACCUGAUUUUGAAAAUGAAGUAAGACACCUUAACAGUGUAUACGCUUCCAGUUUCCUCCCUAACUUGUCCCCUCUUGAACUCCUGAAUGCUGUUUGUAAGCUGCAACACUGCCAGUUAGUGUUGCAGGUGCUGAGAGAGCUUUCAGCAAGCUAAAAAUGAUAAAAAACUACUUUAGGUCCAAAAUUUCACAGGAAAGGCUCUGCAGUCUUGCCAUGCUGUCUAUCGAAAGUCAGUUGGCUAGAAAGCUAGACUUCAAAGACCUGAUCAAUGAUUUUGAUACUGAGAAGGCGCGGCGUUGGGCUCUUGGUUAGAAAGGUUGAGCAAGGCCCAGUUGUAGCUUGGCUGAGCAAGGUUGUAUCUGGCCUGUUAUGUUUUUUCUUUAUGAAUGGACCUCCUUUGUUUACUUAGUUUAACAUCUCCAGCUGAUUUUAUUAUUGUGCUUGUUGUAUGAUUCUAUAGAUGGUGAUGAGAACUCAUAAAAGGCAGUUGGCUUUUUGUAUUUUAUUUAUUUAUUUUAUUUUUUAUUUUAUCUGUUUCUUCACAGAUGAUAAUUGCAAUUUAUUUAAUGGAAGAGGUUAUUUUAUGUUCAAGUUUUGUAUUAUUCAGGUAUUUAAUUUAAUUUGGGGAAAUUUUAUGCUGAAGAAUGAGAAUCAAUCUUGCAGUAAAUAAAUGAAACGUAUUCAGAGUAUUCAGAGUAUUCAAUGCUUUCUCUACCAAGUAAGUCAAAUUGUCCUUUUCACAAAUAUGGGAAAUAAUAGUCAAAAAUAUCAUUAAAAUGCACAGUUUUAUGUAAAAAGCACAAAAUAUUUUCACCGGCCUUAUGUCUGGUGCUACAGGGGCCCAGUAAAAUUUCUUUUCAUGGGGUCCAAACUCCCUGGUGGCUCCCCUGCCUUCAGCGUAAUUUCAAGAUAAUUGUUCAAAGAUGUUAAUCCCAUAUGGAAAUGCGGCACAAAAAAGGAAUAAUUAGUAGACUAAAUAAAUAAAACUUAGAAGCUGCUUAUCAUGGUGAUCAGAGAAACCUGACAUCACAACAGGUCAACACAACAAACAGUUGCAGGAAAAGGGUCCCUAAAACUUGUUUUGCUGAUUGACACCAUCUCUUUGGGAGUGUAAUCAAAAGACGACCUCGUAAGCUUUCAAAUGAGCCAUACCAUGUCUAAAUCUAUGCAUUACAAGGUAAGUUAUGAGCAGAAAACUGUGUCUGUGUAAUGGUCUCGCAUAUACCAGACGUUGGUUGUUUACAACUUCACUCCCGCUCCAAGAUGGCGGCGCACUGACGCAUCGCCAGCCUAUGCUGGACAGUGGCGCGAGGCAUCUAGUAUAUCUAUGGUCAGGACUCCAUCUAUGAGGAAGCAGCAGGCAGACUUUCACCAUAAGAGCACAUUUUACAGGCUGAAUCCCACUCAUUUCAUGUGACCGAUUAUUUCUGCAUUCAACCAUUUUCAUGUCACUCAACAUCCAACACAACUUCUACAAACCCUGUGCUUCAUGAAACCAGAAGCUCUCAUCAGGCUGUAAAUCCCUGACAGUUAACAUUUCCUAGAAUGGAAUCACUGGGACAGAACCAACAUCAGCAGAGAUCACACUGACAGUGGCGUAUCCAGGACUUUUUUACCGGGGGGCCUUGAUGGGACACAAAGGUAGUGUGGGGUGGCUAUGGCAUAGCGGAGUUUAAUGCCAUGUACGCAGCCGACCACAGUUCAAAUCCCAGUACUUUGUUGCAUGUGACAUCCCCUCUUUCUCCCAUGAUUUCCUGUCUCAUAAGUGUUGAAUAAAGGUGUCUAUUCUGGUUUAUUUUUAAAUUCCAUUUCCCAUUAUUACAGUCCUCAAUUAUGUCUGGUUAUUUUAACUACUCUAAAUCAGUAAAAUAUGUUCAGGAUAGGGUACAAAUUUUCUAAGAGCCAUUUCCUUGGAUUAAAGUCCUCAUCUCUUCACAAAUUAGAUUAGAUUAGCAAAAUUCAACUGCUCUCAACUCAUCCUGUAGAAUAACAUUAUCAGUCAUCAGCUCAUCAACUGUGUCACCUGUACUGUUGCUUUACUAACUGAAGCGCCAUCUUGUACCAAUUACUGCAGUAAGUUGCUAGGAACGCUAGAUUCAUAACAUCGAAUUUUAAACAAAAAAUUGUCUCAGAUUAGUUAUUUCACCGGUAAGCAGCUGUGUAACACACAGGAUGAUGUAGAGAGCUGUUAGAUCAUGGGUAGUAGAAGCCAGACACGGAGCUGAGGGGUUCUAUCCGUCUUGUCAGCGUUUAUUUCACUCUAGCUAUGACAACCUGCUAACAAUAUAUUAUUCCUUACAUAUAUCUUACAUGUGAAAAGUAAUCCCACGAGCUCUUGUUUCCUUACAGCGCUCAUUAGAGCAUCCAUAGGCUGAACAGAAGUCCGGCAUCUAAGUGUUGACUGGCAAAACCAGCAUUGUAAAAAAAUAUCCGAGCACCUUGUAUAGUAGCUACACGUGUGACGUUUCUAUCAUUGAUUGACAGAAUUUCUCGUUUCUCAUGUUGACGAACUUGACCAACCAUGGGCGUAACCACCAUCUCAGAAGUGAGGGGGACAAAUUUUUCAGAGUGAUUUAUCAUUCUCUUACAUUUAAUUGCACCGUCCUUAGUGGCUAAAGAACCACAUAAUCCCUAACAGCCACAGUACAAUACCAGGGGACCAACUAGGCUAGUUAUUUAAACUAUAAAGCAUAAAACUUUAAACUAUUAAAUCUAAAGUUUUAGUGGCCAAACUCUAGUUGACAACAAUGUCCCUUGAACAUCUACUGGACGAGUAGCCAAAGGUGCCAAACACUGAACAUGAAAUGAUCCAUACUGCCUGGUUUCUCCCUGCAAUAGAUAUCUUAUUUGCAGGAAGUUAUAAUUUCUCCUUACCUGUAAAGACCCUACAUCCUUGUCCCUGCUGCUGGCCUCUGAUCCAUCUCCUCCCUGACUCUGCUCUUUCUGUUAUGGCAAUAAACAUAAAAAAUGUGGUAAGAAAAAUUCUGAAAUAGCAUUAGGAAGAGUAAAAAUUGCAGUAGAAUUUAACCUCAAAAUCACUUUAACUCAUAGAUACAUAUUUUUUUCUCAGCCACAUAUAUUUUUUUUCACCUCUGCAGACCCUGCAUGGUCAACAUUACUGCUGGCCGCCGCCUCUGGUCCAUCUCCUGCCUGACUCUGCUCUUUGUUAUGGAAAUAAUCAUUAAAAAAUCUGAAAAUCAAAAUUCUGAGAUAGAAUUUGAAAGAGAAGCAGUAAAAAUAGUUGUAAAUUUAACCACUUUUAUACCAUAGAUAGCCUAUUCUUUUUUUCUCCUCCCUGACUCUCCUCUUUUGGGACCAAAAGACUUAAAUACAUGGAGAGCAAUUGUGAGCACAUCUUCUGCCCAGAAAUGAAAGAGGACUGGGUUUAUUCCAAGAAUAAACUAAUUAGCAGUAAUGUAACAGAGGCAACAACAUUUGAAUUAUUGUUAACUAGCUUAACAUAUUGAUAUAUUGCCACGUUUUACCUUGUCAUCAUUUAGCUAACAAGUCUAACAUUGUUUGCAUCCAACAAAGUCACACAACUUACACGGUUUGUUUGGAAAGAACUGUGUAAAGUUUUUUGCUUCUUGCUGGCUCUGGUUGGUUUGCUAAACAUUACUCCAGACGCACGUUCAGCACUGCUCAGCACAGCAGCACGUCUCCUGUGGAACACCUGCGUUAGCAUGCGCUCAUGGUGCAUUCAAAGACGGCUCGGGAAAACACGUUACUGGAUGCUUAAUAACGGGUUUAGCUGUUGUAACGGUUGAAAAAAGUGCGGGGAACAGAGGGGACAGAUGUAGAAAGUGCGGGGGACAUGUCCCACACGUACCCCGCGUCCGUUACGCCCAUGUGACCAACUACCUAUCAGAUCUGGGGUGGCCGCAGGGGUGGCCAAUGAGAUUUCAGGGGUGACCCCGGCCACCCCAGGCCACCCCCUAAAAUCGCCAUUGAUUUUCACCAACAAGCUCCGACAGACUAUCCUGCAGCCCCCCCAGUCAAAAAACAUGAUUGACGUCUAUAGACGUUAUUGGCAGCGAACGUUCGGAUUUCAAUUGACGUCUAUAGACAUCAAUGGCAGCGAAUGAGUUAAUGACGGAGCCGAACAAUUCAGCUGCCGCUUACAGGAGUUGUGGGAUGUUUGACUAAAUUCAAGUGUCACAAGUCUACAGCUCUCAAGUCAGUAGUUUUGCUGAAAGGUGUUUAUGUUCUUACUCUUGAUAACAGAUCAGCAUACUCAUCUCCCACAUCGCUUCUGGUCAGGUUUUCUAUGUCCAGCGACCCAGUACACAACACGUGAUAGCACCACUCCAUCAGAAAAUUUGGAGCUGGUCCUCCUUAGGCCAAGCUGGCGGCAACUACACACGUGGACAAAAUUGUUGGUACCCCUCAGUUAAAGAAGGAAAAACCCACAAUUCUCACUGAAAUCACUUGAAACUCACAAAAGUAACAAUAAAUAAAAAUUUAUUGAAAAUUAAAUAAUCAAAAACAGCCAUUACUUUUGAAUUGUUGAUUAACAUAAUUAUUUAAAAAAACAAACUAAUGAAACAGGCCUGGACAAAAAUGAUGGUACCCAUAACUUAAUAUUUUGUUGCACAACCUUUUGAGGCAAUCACUGCAAUUAAACGAUUUCUGUAUUUGUCAAUGAGCGUUCUGCAGCUGUCAACAGGUAUUUUGGCCCACUCCUCAUGAGCAAACAGCUCCAGUUGUCUCAGGUUUGAUGGGUGUCUUCUCCAAAUGGCAUGUUUCAGCUCCUUCCACAUAUGUUCAAUGGGAUUCAGAUCUGGGCUCAUAGAAGGCCACUUUAGAAUAGUCCAACGCUUUUCUCUCAGCCAUUCUUGGGUGUUUUUGGCUGUGUGUUUUGGAUCGUUGUCCUGUUGGAAGACCCAUGACCUGCGACUGAGACCAAGCUUUCUGACACGAGGCAGCACAUUUCUCUCCAGAAUGCCUUGAUAGUCUUCAGAUUUCAUCGUACCUUGCACACUUUCAAGACACCCUGUGCCAGAUGCAGCAAAGCAGCCCCAAAACAUUACUGAGCCUCCUCCAUGUUUCACCGUAGGGACAGUGUUCUUUUCUUCGUAUGCUUGGUUUUUGAGUCUAUGAACAUAGAGUUGAUGUGCCUUACCAAAAAGCUCCAGUUUGGUCUCAUCUGUCCAAAGGACAUUCUCCCAGAAGCUUUGUGGUUUGUCAACAUGCAUUUUUGCAAAUUCCAGUCUGGCUUUUUUAUGAGUUUUUUUCAGCAGUGGUGUCCUCCUUGGUCGUCUCCCAUGAAGUCCACUUUGGCUCAAACAACGACGAAUGGUGCGAUCUGACACUGAUGUACCUUGGCCUUGGAGUUCACCUUUAAUUUCUUUGGAGGUUGCUCUGGGCUCUUUGGAUACAAUUCCAACGAUCCGUCUCUUCAAUUUGUCAUCAAUUUUCCUCUUGCGGCCACGUCCAGGGAGGUUGGCUACUGUCCCGUGGGUCUUGAACUUCUGAAUAAUAUGAGCCACUGUUGUCACAGGAACUUCAAGCUGUUUAGAGAUGGUCUUAUAGCCUUUACCUUUAAGAUGUUUGUCUAUAAUUUUUUUUCGGAUGUCCUGGGACAAUUCUCUCCUUCGCUUUCUGUUGUCCAUGUUCAGUGUGGUACACACCUUUUCACCAAACAGCAGGGUGACUACUUGUCUCCCUUUAAAUAGGCAGACUGACUGAUUAUGAGUUUGGAAACACCUGUGAUGUCAAUUAAAUGACACACCUGAGUUAAUCAUGUCACUCUGGUCAAAUAGUUUUCAAUCUUUUAUAGAGGUACCAUCAUUUUUGUCCAGGCCUGUUUCAUUAGUUUGUUUUUUUAAAUAAUUAUGUUAAUCAACAAUUCAAAAGUGAUGGCUGUUUCUGAUUAUUUAAUUUUCAAUAAAUUUUUAUUUAUUGUUACUUUUGUGAGUUUCAAGUGAUUUCAGUGAGAAUUGUGGGUUUUUCCUUCUUUAACUGAGGGGUACCAACAAUUUUGUCCACGUGUGUAUCUGCCCUAUACUCCUGAAAAAAAGUACAAAAGCACAAUUUUAUCCUAUUUUUACAUAUUGUAUUUUUAUGUAACUAGCUAAUCAUAACAAAAAAAUAAUAAUUUUUUGUUGCUGCAGUGACAUGCAGGGCCCAGCUCUAUGGAUCUUUACGCUUUUAAGUCAGUGUUUUGGUUUACUGUUUUGGUUUACUGUCAGUGCUCAGCUGUUUUUAGAGAAAAGCCCAAAAAUCCCAAUGUACACUAUCACUGCCACAAAAAACAAAAAUAUUGAGCUGUUAAUGAUGUUUGACGACCAUUUAGCAGUUGGAUAUUUCCCUCAGGAGCAAAAACAAAGAGAAAAGAGAGUGAAAAUUUGGACGUACAGUGACCAGUGUCAUGACUCAAAAUGAAUGACAAUGUUAAUCAUUUACUGCUGAUGUGGAAACUGUUUAAUAUGACACAUAUGAUGGUUUUGUGUUUGUGGUACAUAGUACAUACCUGAAAUAGCCUUUGUCUAAAUCAGACAGUGAAUACUUGGGUCUUCUCCCAUGUGUGCCCAGCUCAAAAAAUCUGGUCUCUACGCCCUCGAUCAUCCCUAAAAUAUAUGCAUGACAUUAAAUUUUCUGAUAAAACAUCUCACAUAACAAUAUUUUAAAGCUAUUUAACUAUUUAACUCUAAAAUAUUUCAAUAUAUUCUGGUGACAUGACUUAUGUCAUUUGUCCUACACCUACCUGUCAGAAAUUCUUUUCUGAGAGCUCCUGUGUCCACACCAGCUUCACCCAAAAAGGAAACUUUAAGCUGAUGGUGAGGAUUUUUUUUGUCGUUGCCACUGCAGUAGCCCUCUCUCUACCAGGUUCUGCCUUGACACUGUGAGGUCAAAGGUUUUGCCAUCAUCAGUGACAACUGCAUCCUGGAUUGCCUGGAUAAUGUCAUCCAGACUAGACAAGUAGAAGGAAAGCACAAUAGAUAUUAGUUAUGAGUCACAUCUUUGAUUCAAAAUGCAUGUCUAAGAAAAAUGUAUGAAAGUAAAACUCACAUGACAUAUUUUUUUCUGUUCUGAAAAUCAUUUGAUAUUUUGAUAUAACUGAUGUGACUGGUGCCAAUAAUUAAUCUGGUAUUACUAUUAUAAUGGAAAUGGUUACAAAUGGAAGAAUGGUUAAGAAUAAAUCAGUGCAUGUGAAACUCACUUUUCAAAAAUAUUUCAGGACCAUUCAAAAAUGGCUACAGUAUCUUACAUGUAGUAUUGACAAUACAAGUUCAAUAAUUUGUAUAACAACUAAGAGACAACUAAGAGACAUUAAUGUAGUUUGAUAGAAGCUAUGAUUUUGUUUCUGAUGAUACUAUGAAGCACUAGUGAUUAUUGAUUUGAAAUGGAAAUUAUAAAAUUAUGAAAAUCUAUUUGUAAACCCAAUUUAUACUUUUUGAUUUCUCCUCCAGUAGAUAUGUCCAUGUCUCCCCCCUUGGAGGCUUCUUCUUCCAGACUGUCAAAUAAAGCAUGAUAGGAAAAUACUUUAAAAUUACCAUUAUAUUUAGUUAUAUGAGUUAGUUACAUUACACUUUUUGAAGGUAGUCACCUUUAACAACUAACAUUUCAAAAAGAACAAAACAUACAUAAUACUACCAUUGGAAUGACUACUAAUACUAGUAUCCCAAUUUAAAGCACUAAAAAGCAAAAAACGAUUUUGACAUCACCCAUGCCAUUUUGAGUAAGAAUAUCUCAGUAACUACAAAUAUAACCCUGCUGCUUUUUUGUACAGUGAUAGAAGACAGAUGGAACUGUCUUGUAGAAAAAUUUGGGGUCUCUGGUACCUGUCCCACACUGAGAUUUUUGCCACCAAAACUAGCCAAUUAAAAAUCUCGUCCAACUUUGGGAGCUCAUAUUUUCCAAACUGAGGUACCUAGAAAGCUCCAGUUUGCUAAGUUAUCACACAAGUUUGUGUAGAAUGGAACCCAGGGGUGUUAGAACACUUCUGUGCAGUAUUUCUAGUACUUUGAAGGUCCCAAACACCACUCGUGAGUCGGUAUCUCUUAAUUUUUUAGCAUUUUUAGCAAGCCCCCACGGCCUGCAGAGUGCAGGGAAACACCUGGGGAUGUUUGUGGGGCACUAGCUACAUGUAGAGGCCUUGUUUACCAACUCACAGCUCUCUGGUAUGUCUAGAGGCUGAGACAUAACCACUUAAAGAUGCAAAAAAAAAAAAACGCUGGCGAGGCUUUUUAUAGGCCAAAUUCUGAAAAUUUCAGACCCCCACAACUCAGAAACUAUUUGAGCUACAGGCCUACAAUUUUGCAUAAAAAGUACUUUUGUGACUAUCUAAUGGCAUGCAAAUUUAGGACUAAUUUGAAAAUGGUGCGGCAACCACCAUCUGGUGAAACCACACGUAAUGACCCACCUUCCAUAAUUAUAUGAGCAGAUUGACACAAACAUUUAAAUGGGAGUUGCAGCAGAUUUCAUGCUUGUCUAUUCAAACCCCAGUGCAUGUACCCCUGCAGACACCCCCAUUCCUAGUUGAUUGUUACUGAAUGGUGCAAAUAAAACAUGGGUGACCAUAUGAGUGCUGCUUUGAAUGAUUAAAUCCUUCAGUGUCCUUUUUUUAUGAAUAAAGUUUCACAACAUGCA